UGAGUAAGAGUUGAUUGAUAUUUUGUGAUAUUUUGUUUCGUAGGCCUAUGACGCUUCAGAUGUGAUUUUUACAACCUCUACUAUCUCACACAGACACACAAACACACAUAUUCAACUCUCUCCCUCUCAGUAUAUCUACAUCAAACAAGCAUGCCGUUUGUGACGAUCAACAACCACACACUUCAUUAUACAGAUGUCGGACCAUCAGCCUCACCGCCAUCAGCGGGCCUUUCAAAAACUCUCCUUUUCAUUCAUGGCCUAGGAUCAACGCAGAAUUAUUUCAUGUCAUUGCUACCCUACCUCAGUACACAUCGAGUGGUCGUGUUCGACAACGAUGGCGCUGGACGGUCAUCUUACACUCCUGAUACUCCAACUACUAUCACAUCGAUAGCCUCCGAUGCCAUUGGUCUACUUGACCACCUGUCAAUCUCCAAGGCCAUCAUCGUUGGCUAUUCCAUGGGUGGAAUGCUACCAAGCCAGAUCGCUGCCACGAGCCCAGACCGGAUUGUCGCGGGAAUUUGUAUUGGACCCGUCCACCCAUCGCCGAGUGUCGCAGCCAUCUUUGCAAAGCGGAUUGGUGCUGUGCGUGAUGGUGGUAUGGAAGUCAUGGCCAAUACUAUCCCCGCGGCAGCAACAGGCCCAGAAGCUACCGCGCUUCAAAAGGCAUUCAUUCGGGAAAUGCUUCUGGCUCAGGACCCCCAAGGAUACAUUGCCAACUGCCGCGCCAUCGAGCUGGCUGAGCCUCCGGAGUAUAGUGCUGUCCAUGUGCCCAUGUUGAUCAUUGCUGGCCAGGAGGACAAGUCGGCCCCGGUUGCUGGGUGUGAAUAUAUUCUGAGCCAGUGGGCCUCUGUGAACAAGCGCAUGGAAAUCCUCCCUGGCGUGGGACAUUGGCACUGUAUUGAGGCGUCAGAUGAAGUAGGGAGGUUGAUGUCACAGUUCAUCAGCGAUUUACCCGCCUGAACAAUAUGCACACCACAAGUUGAACACCAAAAUCCCCGGGUGUAGAUGAUAUAUAAUCUGUAGAAUGAUCAAGGCCGGUGCCUCGUUUUCGCUAUCUUAUC